AUGAAUUUCACCUACUUGUACACGCCAAAAUUUCUCUCUACAAGUCUUCAUGUAAUGACUUGUAUCGAAAUACCCGUUCAUAUAUUUGGGGUCUAUAUAAUUCUUUGGAAAACUCCGGAAGCUAUGAAGUCAGUUAAACGGAGCAUGUUCAAUUUACACUUCUGGAGUUCGUCAUUAGACUUAACCAUUAGCUUAUUUACCACUCCAUUCGUCUUGUUUCCAGCUAUGGCUGGGUAUCCUUUGGGUCUUUUGAGAGAGCUUGGGGUAACAACGGCUGCACAGGUUUAUUUGGUUGUGUCUAUUUUUGCAGUUGUUGGCAUUUCCGUUCUCGGGAUUUUCGAGAAUCGAUUUUUCGUACUCUUCGCUGAAAAUUCCUUCUGGAAGUAUUCCCGAAUUCCAUUUCUUCUUAUUAACUACAUUUUAUGCUUUCUAUUUUUCAUCCCUCCUUAUCUCAACAUUCCAGAUCAAGCAUAUGCUGUGGAAGUCGUGCAUAACGAACUCUCCGAGUCUUCAACCAAUCUUCCAUUCUGGAUAACAAAUGGUCCAGUUUUUGUGCUUUCUACAAAUGCUGCAUAUGCUUUCAUCUCAGUGAUGCUAAUGAUUCUUUUCAUUAUUGGAGAAUGCGUAAUAUUUAUUUUUCUUUUGGCAUUCAAUACCAAGUGUAUGGCUAGAAAAAUUCAUUUAUCCAAAACCACUUUGAGAAUCCAGCGAAAGUUUCUAAACGCGUUACAUGUGCAGAUGUACACCCCACUUGUUAUUCUGAUAGUUCCUCUGAUCUACGUGGCGUAUUCCGUAUACUUCCGUGAAUAUAACCAAGCCAUCAACAACGUUUGCUUCAUUAUGAUAUCCUUUCACGGGUUGGCAUCCACUAUCAUCAUGUUGCUCAUUCAUAGAUCAUAUCGAGAAGUUUGUAUGGAGAUUUUUUGUAUGAAAUUAAGUUACAAAACGACACCAGCUAUGGAAUCAAGGCGGAAUAGCUUUGUGUCGCAUGUGCCAAAGACACAAUUGAGACAUGAUAGUGUGAUAAUGGUGUCUCAUCAAAUAACAUAUUGA